AUGGCGGACCCCGUCGGCGUCUCGCUAUCCCAGGACGACCUAUUCGACCAGCUCCCCCCGUCCUCGCAAUCGUUAGCGUCAUCGCCUCCGCCGCCAUCCUCACCUCUCCGCGGCCGCACCAACAAGAUCAGGAAGCCCCCGCCCAUUACCCCUAAGCGUUUCAACAAGUUCUUCACUCCCAGGACAACCAGGAGCGGCACUGGCCGCGGUGCCUCCGGUCGCCAGUUGCGUGACAUCACCCGCAAUGCCGUAAAUCGGAAGAAGGCUACUCCCCGGCGCACAGUCGUCUUCUCCGACGCCAACGUCGCUGCCUCUGAGAACUUCGUCACUCCUAAGCAUGGCUCCGACAAGAAGAGGAAGCUCCUGCCUUCCCCUGAGAGCUCUCCUGUCCAGCCCUCGCCCUCCAAGAAGGCACGGAGUUGCAUCCGUGCAGUCAACUUCGAUAUUGCCGAAGAUGAUGAGGUAGCAUCCGAUGCUGAGACAACCAUUCUAGAGGAGAGCGACGAGGAAGAGGAAGAAGAGGAGGAAGGAGAAGAAGAGGUGGAGGUUUACCGUGAGCCAAUUCGUCGUGCUCCAGUUGCCAGCACCUCUGGUCGACUCCUUACUCGAACGUUCGGUGGUCGGCGUGGUAUAGGGCGCGGCAAGAUGUACGAUCACUGUGGUGACUGGAGGGAUCAGACCGCCAACUUCUACACCAAGCCCGAUGACAUCCAUUCUUUCAGCUCCGAUAUUCCGUUCUGCGCUGCUGCUUGCAACACUAACUCCUUGGUUGCUAUUGGAGACGAGGACGGAACGGUCGCAUUUCUAGAGACGGCAGAUGCUAGCAGUCCACCUUUCGACACCGCGCAUGUUAAGUUCAAACCGCACACCAACGCUGUCAUGGACCUCACUUUUUCCUCGGAUGACCUUCUCCUUGCUACGGCCUCCGGCGAUCAGACCAGCCAUGUUAUCGAUGUAAAGACUCAGCAGAGCGUCUUCAUCCUAGGUGGCUCUACCGGUCACCAAUCAUCUGUGAAGCAGGUCCGCUUCCAGCCUGGUAACGAUGAUGUUGUCGUCAGCUCGGCUCGGGAUGGCACUGUGCAGAUCUGGGACCUCAGGGUCAAUGGGUCCAAGGGCGCCAUUCGGAACCUCAUUGGUUUCGAUGGACAGUCCACUGUUCAAGAGAGCAAUUGCUUAUGCAUUGGCCCGUGGAACUCAAUUACUGGAGCCCACGCUGAGCGCCACAGCGCGGGCAGUGUAGCGUCGCAUACCAACUCAGCACACAGGGACGGCCCUUCGAAGGGCGAGGUUUCCAGCCGUCGGGGUGAUGUAUCUAUUACGGCUAUCUCAUUCCUUAAUUCGCCAGGUCGUGAGCACCUCUUACUCACCGCAUCCGAGGCUUCUACAGCCGUCAAGCUCUGGGAUAUCCGUGGCCGUUACAACCGUCGCGCAGUUCCUAUUGCUACUACCCGUCAACCAGAGUCGCACAGCAAGCAUCGCCACUUCGGAAUCAACUCGCUUUCGCUCAAUGGCAACGGUAGCCGUCUCUAUGCUCUAAGCAGGGACAACACCAUCUAUGCCUACUCGACAAGUCACUUGGUUCUUGGUCAUGCUCCCGAGCUCUUGGCCACCAACAGUGAGAAGAGAAAGUUUGCCAGCCCCGACAAGGAGGGCUUGGGUCCGCUGUAUGGCUUCAGGCACCCCAAGCUUCAUGCGACAAGUUUCUGGGUCAAGACUUCGGUCCGAAAGGCCAAAGGUGAUAGGGAAGAAAUGCUGGCGGUGGGCUCAAGCGACGGCUCUCCGAUUUUGUUCCCGACCGACGAAACCAUGCUGAAGCGCACUGUUGCGCCACCAUCGUCUCGCCCAUCUACCUCGGACUCUACGCUUGCUGGACCUCGCUCGCUUCUUCGCCGCGGCAUGCACUCCUUCCACGCUCGCAUGAACGAUACGAUACCCAUUUACGACCGUGGAACGCCUCUUGUGCGGGGCCACGCGAAGGAAGUCACAGGUCUGACCUGGACCAGUGAAGGCGAGCUAGUCACAAUUGGGGAUGAUUACACUGCAAGGUGCUGGCGCGAGAACCGUGCAGCUGCUAGGGACCUCAGGAUUGGCGGAGAAGUUGAGGGCAGGAGGUGGGGCUGUGGUUGGGCCGAUGUUGGCGGUGAUUACGACGAUGACGAAUGA